GUAAUGUCUGGGGUCGUUCCGACAAGGAAAGUGUACUUACUUUGCAGCCUGUGGCGCAGUGUUCGCAAUGUCUUGGUUCGUUUGUAGCUCAGAAAGCCAUUCUUUCACUAGUCCCGAUUAGACAGAUGAGCAAACGGGGGGAGGAGCAAGUGGAUCCUGAGCAGCAGUUCAUUCUCAGACUGCCCGAAGACAUAGCGGCGAAACUAGAUGGAGAACUGAAAAGAGUCACUUCCUCCUGCAGCAAACUGGCCAUCAGCAUCGAAAACGACUACAGAAACUGUGAGUUGGCGUAUGAGGGGGAAGUUCUGAAGGCGAAACUGCAUGACUUGCCUUGUAUUAUUGAGAGUCUGAAGACUACAGACGGGAAGAACUACUACAAGACGGCAGAUGUCUCCCAGAUCAUGAUUGCGGAAAGAGCGAGCAGUGAGAAGUACAACAACAGGAAAACCAAGAGAUCCUCCAAGGUCUAUCUGUACCCACAUGGUUUAACCCCUCCCCUGAAGAACGUGAGACGGAGUAGGUUCAGGAAGAUUCUGAAGAAGAAGUACAUUGAGUCGCCGGAUGUGGAGAAUGAAGUGAAGGCCCUGCUGAAGUCGGACCUCUAUGCCACCAGUCUGCCCACAUACCAACUGGUGGACGACAACCACAAUAACAGCACAACUGCUACAGAGGCCGCAAAAGGGUCGGACUCGCUCAGUCGGGCGGAGCUGAACAGAGUGUUUGAGGAGGUGAGCAGCGAGGAGGAGAACCAAGAGGGAGCAGCAGGAGGACCCCCCUCUUCCGGUCUGGGUCCCAGUGGGGGCACAGGAGGGGGCUAUGAGGAUGACAAUGAAGCCACCAGUGGGGAACAGCUGGACGAACAGGUGCGUAGUAUCAUGAGGGAGGUGAGUGACAUUCAGAAGAGGAGGCAGCAGAUCAAACAGCAGUUGGCCCCCACCGCCCUGCCUCUGCUGCUGGCCACUGUGGGGGGACACAGCGAGAAACUGAGUCUGGAGGAGGAGUUGAGUCUGCUGCACAGCAGGGAGACCACCAAGCUACUCUAUCUAGAGGAACUGAGGAACAGGAUGAGAAUGGGCGCCAGCAGCACCAGAUAACAACUCCCUCAUACCCCCUUAAAGAAGGACCUCCAGCGUCGUCGAACCGGAGUUGGGACGACUCUGAGGCGUAGUUUGAACACGGUGAAAGCGCCCCAUUGGUAUUUAGAUCAUCAAUAACUUUAAAUUCACUAAGCGUAGACACAUAACAUUCACGCCACAAAGUAAGCCAGGGACGAGCAAUCACAUGUGAAACAAUACUUUCUUGAAGCAUCCUUCCAUUUACGGAUCGAGGCUCCCAGUGAGGAAACGAUGGCGGGCGAUUUCGCUCUUUGGCAUACAACGAGUCGACAGUCGAGGUUAACACUAGAAGACUUUUUUAAAACGGAUGGCCGUCAAGUUAAUCUAUUUCCAUGAAUGGACACAGUAAUGAUGACAAAUCGCUCCUGCACUGUAACUUGUGUCUCUAUAAACUUGGUUAAGUUUUCCAAUCUUGAGUGUACAAAGUUUGGUGGUUAUUGGACGGGAGAGCCGGUCAUGACAAUCAACAAAAGAAAACAUUCGGGAGGCUAGAAAGGAGCUUGAACCAGAAGUUGGCUGAUACUCUGAAUACAUGAAAGCAAUAUCGAAUAAUGAACAUCACCUCAACUGUCAAAGAAAUGUUCGCUGGAGUAGAUUUUACGAGAUCGGGACUAAUAAAACUGUGUAAUAACUUAUGUACUGUUUUACAUUUACCACUGUUGAUUAUCAAAGACCCCCCAUGCAUUUGCUGUUAAGUUUUUGUUAAUUCUGUUUUACAAACAUAUUUGAAAAUUUGUAGCCGCUUUCCUUCAUCUUGCUUGUAAAGGCAUCCAUAUAAUCAAUUUUAGGUAUUUUUAAGAGUAAUGAACCUAGUAUAUAGGUCUUGCUGAUUUU